GCAUCUCACUAAAGCUGUAGGAGGAGGAACGUGAGAGGCGCAUGGACUUUGUGCCCGAUGAGUCUGCCAUUAAGACUGAUGUCAUCGAAGUUGACCAAGAGACUCAUGACAUGCUUACUGCCCUAGGCAUGGCUGACCUUCCUGGAGUUAUUAAGCAGAUUAUUGAACCACAGUCACUGCCUACUGCCCCUGCUUAUGGCCGAGGUGGUGUUGGUGGUGCUGGAAGGAGGUACAGAGUUUGUUUGAUAAGCAUUCAUGCUUUUACGAGAGCAAUACUAUUUUUACACCAGUUUCAUAUAUGUAUGGUAGUUCUUACUAUUUUAAGCUUUUAAGACUGUUUUUAUUCAUGCCCUAAAGAUCAAUGCAAACAAAACAUUUGAGGUAUUCA